ACACUACUCUUCGCCACACCUAAUCGACCCGCAGAUGAGAAUCAACACAAUUCCAGACGGAGACCAAUAUCUGCCUACUAUUCCGACGACUUUCACAUUUCAAAUACAACUGAGACUACUUUCCCGUUAAUCACUACCGAUAACUAUAAGUACAGGACGGGUGCCCUGUAUUCAGAUCAGGCCCGCGCCUGUCUCACAAUGUUUGACCACUCGUCGGGCCGUGACUUCUCGCCACAUCAGGCGAUGAACGGUUCGGGCGCCGCACCUGUCGGUGAGUUUGAAAGGCCA